AUGGGAUGUGCCCCAAGUUAUCCAAUAUCGACAAGUCCUAUAUUGUUUAAUCCAAUAUAUCUCUUCGAAGCAACAGGUCAUCGAAGGAAGAAUAUUCGCGAACUCGAUGACACAGAAUUUAAGAGAAUUCAAGCUCAAUAUUGGAGUAAACUAAUCGAAGAAAGAAAGAAAAUGGCUUUGAAUAGAAGAAAGUUCCAAGAAAUGGGUGAAAAAGACUUCCAAACGUUGGCCGAAGAGUUUCCCAAAUUUGACAUGUCAGACAUAUUAGAUUUGAGACUUCAAUUCCAAACUUUUGACAUCAACCAGGAUGGGAUUAUUGAUUUUAACGAACUCAUGCAGGUCCUCGACGAUUUAGGAGACAACUCUGAUGAAAAAAUAAGGGAGGAAUACUUUCARCAAAUAGACGUGGAUGGAUCAGGAGCUAUCGACUUCGAGGAGUUCCUAGGGCUGAUUCAUAAGCUAAGAAGCGAAACCGAAGAUGAGUUUGGUAAACUGGGAAGUCUAUGCAGAAGAGGAACGGAUAACAUCCAAAGAGUSAGACAACUUAGCGUAACUGAACAAAUGCAAACUGGUCUUUUUUAGUUAUUUUAUCUGGGAAAAAGCAAGAAUACUGAAAAAUAAGCGUACUAAAUCAACUCAUUCUGGACUACUUUGYAAACAUGUACUUGUGUGACGAUUGAUGUGGCUGCAAAUGAAAAUGCUCUGAAAAGAUCUGCAUUAUUUGAUGAUUUAUUUCAUUGUGAAUACUUGGCUUAUUUAAACUUGUAUUCCGCUAGAGACAUACAGAGUUCAAGU